AUGGUUAGUGUGUCUGAAAUUCGCAAGGCUCAGAGGGCAGAAGGUCCUGCAACUAUCUUGGCCAUUGGCACUGCUAAUCCUGCAAAUUGUGUUGAACAAAGCACAUAUCCUGAUUUUUACUUUAAAAUCACUAACAGUGAGCACAAAACUGUACUCAAAGAGAAAUUCCAACGCAUGUGUGAUAAAUCUAUGAUCAAGAGGAGAUACAUGUAUCUGACUGAAGAAAUUUUGAAAGAAAAUCCUAGUGUUUGUGAAUACAUGGCACCUUCGUUGGAUGCGAGACAAGACAUGGUGGUGGUGGAGGUACCUAGACUAGGAAAAGAGGCUGCGGUAAAGGCUAUAAAAGAAUGGGGUCAACCAAAAUCAAAGAUUACACACUUAAUCUUUUGUACAACCAGUGGUGUAGACAUGCCUGGAGCUGAUUACCAACUCACCAAACUCUUAGGUCUUCGCCCAUAUGUCAAAAGAUUCAUGAUGUACCAACAAGGUUGCUUCGCUGGAGGCACGGUACUUCGUUUGGCUAAAGAUUUGGCUGAAAACAACAAAGGUGCUCGUGUGCUAGUCGUCUGUUCUGAAGUUACUGCCGUCACAUUCCGUGGCCCCAGUGACACUCACUUAGACAGUCUUGUUGGACAAGCACUAUUUGGAGAUGGAGCAGCAGCACUUAUUGUUGGUUCUGACCCAAUACCACAAAUUGAGAAGCCUAUAUUUGAAAUGGUUUGGACUGCACAAACAAUUGCUCCAGAUAGUGAAGGAGCCAUUGAUGGUCACCUUCGCGAAGCAGGGCUAACGUUCCACCUUCUUAAAGAUGUUCCUGGGAUUGUUUCUAAGAACAUCGAUAAAGCAUUGGUUGAGGCUUUCAAACCAUUGGGAAUUUCUGAUUACAACUCAAUCUUUUGGAUUGCACACCCAGGUGGACCUGCAAUUCUAGACCAAGUCGAGCAAAAGUUAGCCUUGAAACCCGAAAAGAUGAGGGCCACUAGGGAAGUGCUAAGUGAGUAUGGAAAUAUGUCAAGUGCUUGUGUACUGUUUAUCUUGGAUGAAAUGAGAAACAAAUCAACUCAAGAUGGUUUGAAGACAACGGGAGAAGGACUCGAAUGGGGUGUGCUCUUCGGCUUUGGACCAGGACUUACAAUUGAGACUGUUGUUCUGCACAGUGUCGUUAUAUGA